AGCAUUAAGUUUCAACCUUGGACUCUGGAGGCCGUGUGUGCUUUUCAGCAGGCAGCCAGCCGGAUGGAGAGGGCAAGCAGAGCCGCCCCAGAAACCACCCUUGGCCUUGAAGGGGAAAAAAAUAUCUUUCUCCGUUAUUAUUAUUUUUAAUGAAGAAUAAGCUCUCUGUAUCUUAUAGCUAUAGAUAUAUUUCGAAAUCUGCCAAAGGAUCGACGUUUUCCGCAAGCAGAUUUUGUUGUUCUUUGAGGGGCCGGUGGUGAAGAAGAGGCAAAUUUGCAAAAGGGGGUCUUUGCUGGUGACCUGUCGGAAGGCCCAGGUGAGCCACCGGCUGGUGCAAAAGGAUUUCAGGCAAGAUGGACACUUUCAGCACCAAGAGCCUCGCUCUCCAAGCUCAGAAGAAGCUUCUGAGCAAGAUGGCGUCCAAGAACAUGGCAAGCAUCUUCAUUGACGACACCAGCAGUGAGAUCCUGGACGAGCUCUACCGAGUCACCAAAGAGUACACUCGCAACCGCAAGGAAGCACAGAAGAUCAUCAAGAACUUGAUCAAAGUCGUCAUGAAGUUGGGUGUCCUCUACCGCAACAGACAGUUCUCUGCAGACGAGCUGGCACUGAUGGAACGCUUCCGGAAGAAGGUCCACACCUUGGCCAUGACUGCCGUCAGCUUCUACCAGAUAGACUUCACCUUCGACCGGCGGGUCCUGUCCAACACACUCAGGGAGUGCUGUGACCUGCUCCACCAAGCGGUCAACACCCACCUGACGGCCAAGUCCCAUGCCCGCAUCAACCACGUCUUCAACCACUUUGCGGACUGCGAGUUCCUCUCAGCGCUGUACGGAACGUCCGAGCCUUACCGCACGCACCUGCGGAGGAUCUGCGAAGGGCUCAACCAAAUGCUGGACGAAGGGAACAUCUGAAAGCUACACCCGUUAGCUUCGGCAGGCUUCCGGUGUUAAUUAACGUGGGAACACCGAGAGCCGGUCGUUGACUUGGGUGGACUUUGCCAUCUUUGUAUGGCGUGAAAUAUCUUGCAGUCCUUUUUUAUGUCUGGUUGGUUUGGCAAUGCUUAAGAAAUUAUGGAUAUUCCUGGUUUGAACAGCAGCAGUUGAGGACUCACCCCCAACCCCUUCCUGGCCCUGUGUAAUUAAAUGGGUCUGCAAAGACCUCCCAUUACCACCAGAUGGAACACGGCUGUCUCCAGCGCGGAGAGGAAACCAACUAAGCAUCUGCCUGUCUGAAUCCAAUGUUCUCCAGGAACAGGAGACCAAAGGCCUGCUGAGCCUAGCACUGCGAUCCCAACAGGGGACAGGCAGAUGCUUUUGGGAAGCCCUCCUGGCAGUGUCCCUAGCAUUUGGCAUUCAGAUAUACAAAUGCCUCUGAACAGAGAUUCCUUUGAGCUAUUGCAGCUAAGAAGUUAUACACACACACACACACCCCAAAAAUCUCUUCUUUAUAAACCUUGCAGGGAGUUCCAGAGGGCCAGGCCAGCCAUCCUGAAGGUUUGGUCCCUGGGGGAGCCAAACUGAACCUCAGGGGGAAUGGGGAACCACCAAAAGUCCCCCAUCAGAAGACCAAGGCUGGGGAAGAUUUGGCCUUCCAGACUCCCAAUGCCUCAGCCAGCAGGCUCAACAGUCAGGGUCAAUGAGAGUUGAGAGUCCAUCAGCAUCAGGAAGGGUACAAUUUGGAGGAGGCUGUUCCAGGGGUCCUGAAGGAGAGUCUCUUCCCUUCCAUCACCCACUGCCCGAGUCUUUAAAAUAGAGGUGUGGGGCACCUUUGGCCCUCCAGAGUUGGAGCCCAGCAACAUUUGGCAGGCCUAAAGGAGCCCCACACCUAGUUUACACUUUCAGUGGUACAACAAAAUUGUCUUUUUUUCUGUUUUAUCGUACAACAAAUGCUAUCAACACUCACUGUUAACAACUUUUAUGCAGGCUACUUUGUAAGGUCUGCCUGAAAACUGGCAUAUAAAAUAAAGUAAAUAAGCAAAAGAAAGGAAUUGUCGAGUCUAAAGGGGACCUUGGAGGUCAGCCAGUCCAACCCAUCAGCAAGAGCGCUCUCCCCUCCCACGGUUUCCAGCCACUGGGAUUCAAGUGCUCUAAAUAGCAACGGCCAGGAGGGAAAAGAGCAAGGAAGGGUUGCCUCCCUCUCACCGAUUUCCCAGAGGCAUCUGACUGGGAAGAGGAUGUUGGCCGCAGUCAAACUAAACAGGAAGCACAGCCCUAAUUUGCUCUGCUGACUGCCGCCUUUUCUCAGAGCUAAACACAAGAAGAGGCUGUGAUGUUAAUGUAUUAGUGUAUAUAUGGUAAGUGCUGUUUGUAUAGGAGAUACAUGGUAAGUGGAAUGAAAGAGGAGGGGGGAGUGAAUGGGCAGUAGAAUGCUGGAUGAUUGGCUGAGUGUUUAGAAUGGCUGAGCGUAUAAAAGGAAGAAUGACAGUGGAAUCUGGGUGGACGGUUGUUUUGGUGGGUUUUUUGAGAGGAGAUUGGGUGGAGAGUUGGUGGAUGUGAGGAGAGGGUGGAGUUCGGAUUAAUACUAAGACCAGUACCUCAGGAAUAGAUGAAACCAUAUGCUUAUGUGCCUUUAUAAAGUAAUCUUGUUAUCUCUGUUAUUUAAUAAAUACUUUUGGUUUACCAAA